CAAAGAUGAAGGCAACUUGUUGGCUGACAUUGGCAGUCAUCUAUGUGCUCCUCAUCACCUGCUGCAGAGCAGAAGAAGGACUAGACUUCCCUACCUAUGACGGGAAGGAUCGUGUGAUUAACCUAAGUGAGAAGAAUUACAAGCAGACUUUGAAGAAGUAUGAUAUGCUUGGCGUGCUCCUCCAUGAACCUGUGACUUCUGAUAAAACCUCCCAUAGACGUUUUCAGAUGACCGAGAUGGUACUGGAGCUUGCUGCACAAGUUCUAGAAGAUAAAGGCAUUGGUUUUGGAUUAGUGGAUUCCAAGAAGGAUGCAAAACUUGCCAAAAAACUAGGCUUGGAUGAAGAAGGAAGCCUCUAUGUCUUUAAGGAGGACCACAUUAUUGAGUUUGAUGGACAAAUGACAGCAGAUGUCUUGGUAGAAUUUCUCUUAGACUUGAUGGAAGACCCAGUGGAGAUUAUCAACAGCAAGCUGGAGUUGCAGGCUUUUGACCACAUGGAAGAGGAGAUGAGACUUAUUGGCUACUUCAAAGGAGAAGAUUCAGAACAUUAUAAAGCAUUUGAAGAGGCAGCUGAACAUUUCCAACCAUAUGUCAAGUUCUUUGCUACGUUUGAUAAAGGGGUGGCAAAGAAAUUGGGUCUGAAGCAAAAUGAGGUGGAUUUCUAUGAGCCAUUUAUGGAUGACCCAGUCCAUAUCCCUGAAAAGCCGUACACAGAGGAAGAACUGGUUGAAUUUGUGAACGAGCAUAGAAGAGCCACACUCCGCAAGUUACGCCCAGAAGACAUGUUUGAAACCUGGGAAGAUGACAUGGAUGGGAUUCAUAUUGUGACAUUUGCUGAAGAAGAUGACCCUGAUGGCUUUGAGUUUCUGGAGGUUGUUAAGCAGGUUGCCAAAGAUAACACUGACAAUCCAGAUUUGAGCAUUGUCUGGAUUGACCCAGAUGACUUUCCUCUGCUCAUCUCAUACUGGGAGAAGACCUUCAAAAUUGACUUAUUCAAGCCACAGAUUGGAAUAGUUAACGUCACAGAUGCUGACAGUGUCUGGAUGGAUAUAAAAGAUGAUGAUGACCUUCCCACAGCUGAGGAAUUGGAGGACUGGAUAGAAGAUGUACUUUCUGGGAAAAUAAACACUGAAGAUGAUGACGUUGAUGAAGAUGACAAUGAUGAUGAUGACGACGAUGACGAUGACGAUGAUGACAGUGAUGACUAAGUUCCAGCUCUCUGAAAUCUGGACAUUAAAAUCUUUAUGCCUGAUGAUGUUGAGCAUUACAGUUACCAUAUAAUUUCAAAAAGUUGUUUCUAAGGGUUAUUGAAGACCUGUGGCCUUGCUUCUUGUCUUGUCUAUCCUCUCCCAGAAUAUUUCCUAUUUGGCUUCAUAAAGCUGUUAACCAGAUGUAAGACAUACAAAAAUCAAUAAAUGUAAUGAAUGCUUAGCAUCUCAGCUCUUUGCAAA